GAGACAGAGGCUUUGCUGCAUGCAACAAGCUCUCCAGACCUGCUCUGAUUCCAGCCUCAGGCAUCAUCUGGUACCAUGGAGACCCCUCUUGCCAUCUGCCUCUUCUUCGCUAUAUUCAUAGCUAGGGGAGUGUCUCUGCAAUGUCAGACUUGUAGCACAGCUGGGAAGGCUUGUGACGGACGGAUGGAGACAUGUGCCUCUGCCAAUGACACUUGUGGCAUCAUCCAGGCAGAGUUACCCAAACCAACCAACCACAAGAUUGUGAAGAAAUGCAUCCCAUCAAAUGAUUGUGACAAGGGCAUCGCUAUCAUAGAUAUGGGCAAGAAUAGAAUCGAAAUGAGAAAGGUCUCCUGCUGUUCGGGAGAAGACUGUCAGAAGAAGCCUCUCUCCUGGACAAUGCCGACCAGGAAGACCACACCAUCCAGUGCCAAGAAAUGCCCAGCAUGCCAUCCUGAGGGAAAUGCAUGCAAAGAAGAGACCAUUGAAUGUACUGGAGAUGGUGAGGACUAUUGUGCCCAGGUGUAUCAGCACGUGACAGAUGCAGGAGGAAAAACCACCACCACCAUUAUGAAGGGCUGUGCUAACGAGGCUUUCUGCAACAGCAUGCAGACUUUCUUCCCUACUGGCGUGACUCAAGUGAGCACUGACGGGAGCAAAGAGAAGGAACAGCAGCAGCCUCUGUUCACCUUGCCUCUUUCUCUGGGCAGCUGUGCAGAUUGGGCCCAAAGGAAGACAUCAAGUGAAUGGACAGUGGCAACAGCAGUCAGGACUAUGUGA